UGCGAUCACAAGAUGGAGAGCCGAGAAGCUACCCGCGCCAAGCACGCGGCCGAGCUCGAGGCCAAGAAGCGCAAGCUCGAGGAGAUCCGCCGGCGCAAGGCGCAUGUCAAGGACGUCGCCGUCGAGCAGCCGGCCACCGUCGCGCCGCCCUUCCAGGAGUUCCUCCAGCACAUCCUUGAGGAAGAGAAGCAAAAGGUCAUGGAAGAGACGUCGCAAGCUGUCGCCGCUGCCACGGCGCCAUCGCUCACCUUUGCGGAGAAGAUGGCCAAGAUCUCGAGCGUCACGCAGCUCGGCCAGAUCGACAUCCUCCCGGUCCAGGUCGAGAUGUACGACAAGGCCACGUGGAUGGACCCGAUGGACUUUCCCGACGAGCCCAUGUCGUCGACGCCAACGAUCGAGAUUCCCGACGCCUCGAACCCGAACCAGCCGCCACCCGUGCCAUCGCCGCGCAAGAUCAAGCUCGUGCCCGAGCCUGCUGCGCCCGUGAAACCGGCGAUGCCGCCCAAGGACGAGCGCGAUCAAAUCCUGGGCUCCACGGAGAUGGAGUCGUUCUUGACCAAAUCGGGCAACAUCAUGGAGCGCGCGCUGUUGCAAGCCGGCGCGUUUGACGUCAUGCGCGACUACAGCCAGGACGACGAUGUGUCGAUGGUCGACGUCGACCACCCGAUGACGGCGUCCAAGUGCAAGCAGCUCUUCGUGUACCGCGACACCAAGUGGACCAAGGGCCGCGCUGUCACAGACAUUGAUAUCUCGCCCUUCUACAACGAGCUCUGUCUCGUCGCGUACAACGCGCGCGGGUACUUGGAAGACGACAUGGACACGUCGCCCGUCGAGUGGAACGUCCAGGACGCCAUGGCCGAGGCCGAAGGCGUCGUCUUGCUCUGGUCCAGCAACAUGCCCACGCAUCCCGAGUACAAGUUUACGUGCAACUCGCAGGUCAUGAGCGCGUGCUUCAAUCCGUUCGACCGUCAUGUGCUCAUGGGCGGCACGUACUCGGGCCAAGUCGUCUUGUGGGAUACGCGGGCCAAGAACACGCCGGUGCAAAAGACGACGCUGUCGACGCAUGGCCACACGCACCCUAUUUACUCGAUGAGCGUCGUCGGCUCCAAGUCUGCUUUUAGCUUGGUCUCGGCGAGUACGGACGGCCGCAUGUGCGUCUGGAUCGUCAAUCAACUCCACGCGCCCGUGGACGUGCUCGAUCUGCGCGUCUCGGCGCCGGUUGCUGCGGCCAGCGCCCCCGUGCGCAAGAUGCAAGUGCCCGUGACCGCGCUUGCCUUCCAAAAGGGCGAAGGCAGUGCCGCCAACACGUUUACGAUCGGGACAGAAUCGGGUGAGCUCCUGAGUGCGCAGCUCGACGAUCACUCGAAGAACCAAAACCACGUGAAAGCGCGCGAGGUGCUCGUCCAUUCGCUCUCCAAGGACAAGCCUCAUUACGGCCCGAUGACGUCGAUGCACUACAACCCGCUCUUGCCACACCACCAAGACGUGUUGCUUCUCACGUCGUCAGUGGACUGGAGUUGCCGCCUCUGGAGCCAAAAGAGCGACUACAAGCCAAUCGUGUCGUUCGAGCCCGCCAACGACUACGUCUAUGACAUUCGGUGGUCGCCGGUGCACCCGGGUCUCUUUUGCACGGCCGACGGCUCGGGCAAGAUUUCGAUCUGGAACAUCAGCAACGACACCGAGAUCCCCGUCGCAGACAUCAAGGUCAGCGACCGCGCGCUCAACAAGGUGCGCUGGACCGCGGAUGGGAAGCGUAUCAUUGUCGGCGACUCGGCCGGCGACACGUUUGUGUACGAGCUACCUGCCGACAUUGCGCAACCUCGCGCCGAUGAGGCCCAGCGCCUCGAUGCCAAGCUCUCCCAAGCGAUUGCUCGAACCACCGACAUGUAUUUGUAAGCCUCGAAUCCGAAUGCUUUGUGG